AAAUAGCCUGUCAAAUUGAUGACUCUCACUGCAGCAUUUUAACGAUUUUAUCUUAUUUUAUUUUAUUGGAACAAUUAAAACUACCAGGAAGCGUAACAAUAUUCUCCGAAACUUAGUUAAAAAAACAUUUCCGCUUUCUUGCAUGAAAUUGCCGUGUACUUUACUGCGGAAAGGAGCCAAAUGAGUGUCACAAUGGCAUUUUUGAUUGAUUCACAUGUGGAUUCCUUUUGGCACUAAUGUUUGCAUUUAUAAGAUAGCUGUUUAAAUAGCCUGGCUGCUUUGUGUGGCUUAAACGUUAUACUUGGUAAGAAUGUGCUGACAUAUAAAAAAAUCGCGUCUAAUAGCCCGUCCUGCUUUGAAAACGGUGCUAGCUCUCGGGGCUAAGCUAAUGUUGUUUACAUCAUGGACAGAGAGGCGUAUCGAAACUGCUGCAGCCUUGUCAAAAUUACCAGACAGUCAUAUGAACAAUUUUGGUCUUCACAUUUCGUAGAUUAUAUUGAUAAGGAUCUGAGCUAUUCCAAAUUCUUCAGAAAAUAUCUCCUUCCCAAUCACCCGUGUAUGUUUUCAAAGAGGUUUACUGAAGAGUGGAAGUGUAGAAAGCAAUGGGUGACUGAAGAUGGAAAACCUAAUUUUCAGAAACUGCUGCAAGAAUUUGACCAGACGCCUGUGCCUGUAGCUAACUGCAAUGCAAAAGAAUACAAUGCAAAUCCCAAACAAGUUAUGCCCUUUAAAGAAUUUAUACAAUAUUGGAAGGAAUACAUUCAGAAUGGACACUCUUCGCCAAAAGGUUGCCUCUAUCUCAAAGACUGGCACAUGACAAGAGAUUUUCCAGAGCAUAACAUGUACACCACUCCUGUUUUCUUCUCCUCUGACUGGCUCAAUGAAUACUGGGAUCACCUUGAAGUGGAUGAUUACCGAUUUGUAUACAUGGGACCUAAAGGCUCAUGGACCCCUUUCCAUGCUGAUGUUUUCCGCUCCUACAGUUGGUCUGCAAACAUCUGCGGUAGAAAGAAAUGGCUUCUCUAUCCCCCGGGACAAGAAGAGUUUUUAAGAGACACUCAUGGAAACCUAGCUUAUGAUGUAACCUCAUCAGAACUGCAAGACAAAAGCCUGUACCCACACUCUGAAGAAGCCUGUCAGCCUUUAGAGAUCAUUCAAGAGGCUGGGGAAAUUAUUUUUGUGCCAAGUGGUUGGCACCAUCAAGUUUAUAAUCUGGAGGACACAAUAUCUAUCAAUCAUAACUGGUUAAAUGGCUGCAAUAUUGACAUCAUGUGGCAGUUUCUUCAAAAUGAAUUGUCAUCAGUGCAAAAGGAAAUCGAAGAGUGGAGAAAUACUAUGGACUCCUGGCAUCAGCACUGUCAGGUGAUCAUGAAGGCCUGUUCCGGGAUAGAUUUCUCAGAGUUCGGAUCAUUUCUUAAAAUCAUCGCCGAUAGCCGUAUAACCUUUUUGAAUUCUUGCUCCUCGGGUGACUCCUCCUCCGACUACCCCCGGCACCAGUCUGAAGCCCUCUGCACCCUGGGGCCUUACCACGCGGCCUUUGACCUCCAGAGAGUGGCCCACACCAUUGAAAGUCUUCUGUGUAACGAAGACUUUAAACGGCUAGAUCACUCCACCAUGACCCUACAACCAGAAACACUGUUACAGCAGAUUAAAGACACUAUACAGUCCACCAGAGGGCAGCACCUGCUUUAUCAAGAGUGACACGGCAGCUACUAUUAUGAACGGUAUCUAAGCUUGCUCAGAAAAGAUUGGUCAUUUGAGCUCAACAGUUCUCAGUCUCCUCUGGUUUUGGAUGUGAAUUUCCUAUAUAUUGACAUGAAAAAAAUCUACUAAAACCCUAGGGGUUAAUCAGCUAUGGAGUAACAAAUAAGCAUAAAAAGCUUACAUUUCUCAACUUAAUAAAUUAUUUGAAACAUAAAAGGUGAGGUGCAAGAUCUGUUGAAAAGCAGAUAAUAUUGCAAUUGUUUUGGAGUAUAUUGCUCUGAUUUAAUUUAAAAAUGUAUUUGACCAAUUAUAAAUGACCUUAAUAUGAGGGUGAAACAUCAAGCAUAAGCUCCCAAAAAAGGGUAUAAAAUUAUAUUUGGGUUCUUUUGAGGUUAAUUUUAUGGUCCAUUCACAUUUUGUUAGGCACUGACAGGUACGUUUUAGCACACUUUCUUUGUUAAAAAUGUCCCCACUUACGGUAAAAGGCAAACAAUAAUUAUAAUUAUUGUACUGGUUUCUUUUUUAUUUAUUUAUUCAACUAAAUGGGGAAAUACCUUACUUCCAAAACUAGAUGUGGGUUCCCAAGGUUGAGCUUUAAAAAUGGACAAUGUGUCCAUGAGAAUUGGUGCUGUUUGAACAUUAUGUGUUUCAAUUCUUUCUGGCUCUGAUUUGGCUGUGAUUGUUGCACUGAAAGGAAAAUAAAUAUUUAAACUUUGA